AUGGGUUCUAUUGUGAGUUAUGUGGUAUCUAGCGAAGGUCAAACUGGAUUGGAGAAUGAUGAUCAUAAAAAUUCAGGCUUGACACAACGGCAGAAAAAAAUCAUGAAGAAAACUUGGGAGUCUUGUAUUAAUUCUAAUUCAAUUGUUAUUUGUGUGGAAAUAAUGUUGAGUUUAUUUGAUAAAUACGAAGAUACCAAAGAAAUGUUCCCGGACUUCAAAGACAUUCCUAAUGAAGAACUGAAAAAAAAUAAAAAAUUUCACGCGCACUGUCAAAUGAUAAUGAGUGUUGUAAACAACGCUGUAAAUGCUUUCCUAAGUGAUGAUGAUGAGCUAUUCACAGCGAUACUUAAAAUUACCGGAGAACGUCACGCCAAGCACGCUAAGAAUCCGAUAAUUGCAAAACAUAUGGAGCGCCUACGAGAUCCGAUGAUUGAAAGCUUUAAACGUCAUAUGAAGUCACAGUGGACUAAUGAAAUGGGUAAUUUGUGGACGUCCGCGAUUGAAAAUAUUAUUAAAGUUAUAAUUCAAGGAAUUCAAGAGACUUUGUCGGAAAAUUAA